UAGUGCUUGGGGGUGGUGCUGUUUUAAAUUUGAAGUCCACAAGUUCAAUUCUUACUUCAAUAUGGUUCUGGAUAUUUAUGUAAGCACCUUUAUUUUUUGGCAACAGCCCAAAUGCAGGCACCAACUCAUUGUACCUGUUGUUAACUGGAAUGCGAUUUUACUUCUUUCUUAGUAGCCAAGUUUUUUUUAUUAAGGUAUAAAACAGCAAACUGAUAUUUGUGCCAUUUUGAAUAGCAGUAGGAAUUUCUGCGUAUGAUUUGCUUGCAACUGCUGGAUGGAAAAGAAACCAUCAUUAGUUCAUCUAUAUAUGAUAUGCAUGGGAAACCAGUUUAUGCAGGAAGACAGUGCGAAUUGCCUGACAUUUUGUAUUUGAGUGUGCAGGUGUUGUGCUGCCGUUCAUUGUUGAACUGGCCGAUGGUCGCUCAUCCGUCUUCAACUGCUGCUUACUCGGUUUGUCGUGAAACAAUGUGCAUUCAGGAAUUGAAGCCGGAAAAGAAGAUGCAGGGCCGUUCCUAGAUGCUCCCAUCCAUAACCCAAAUCCUCCAGAUGCCUCAUCAGUAUCAAGAGAUUGUGACGCCGAUAUUGAUCUCGCAUGUGUGGUUCUAACACGAGAAAUUAUGUUUCUAGAUCAUAAGGUGUGGAUGAAGGUCUACGAUGGUGGACUGGUUUUGCAGGAAAUUGGACGCUUGGAGGCCAUGGCGUGGCACUGUGAGCCUUUAUGUGCAAGUGCAAAAGAUCUGGUAGAUGGCCUGUGCCGACUAGGCAUUUUCCUUUCCUUUGAGAAAAACGAUGACCAUGCACACAAUGUGAGGCACCGUUGUGAAUAACAGAACAUGAAGGAAUCUAGAAUUUGCUUUGACUGAAACAAAAAACAAUCCCAGUUUACAAACAUAUUUUAAAGACCUUUUACAGUACAUCAACCUCUUCGGAUUUUUCUCCGCAAAAAAAGAACUCUUUGGAUUUAAACUCUUUCAUUUAGAGCAUCUCCAACAGCCGCCCAAUACGCGGCGCCCAAAAAACGAGUUUACAGCGCGCAAGUAGAUUUUUUUAGGGCGCUAGAAGACGUUUGCUCCAACAAGCGCUGCAAAAUAUGCUGCGCGCGCGAGUCCAUCGGUCCCAAUCAAGCGGUCCCAUCUGCAGCAGCCCAGAGUUUGCAGCGCGCGCGACCGGGCGCACUAAAUAUGCUGCGCGCGGUGCCUUUUUGAUGUGCGCGCUGCAUUAGUUAUAGCGCGCGCGCGCUUUUUGUGCGGCUGCUGGAGAUUCCAAACCGGAUCCGCACGCGCUAAAAACAGUUUUUAUACCGUGCGGCGCUCAUAUAAUGCUUCUGUUGGAGAUGCUCUUAUGAACUCAUUUCAUCCCUCGAGAAAAAUUACGAACUCUUUUCGUGUCAAUUCGAUGGUCAAUUUUUAAAUCAAAAUUCCAUGAUAAGUUCGCCUCUUAUGGACAUGAAAUAUUUUGUACCCAGCCCAUUAAGAGACCCAUCAAAGUAGAAGGGUAAAAGAUGGUGUUAAAAUAUCGGUAAAAGAUUAUAGCAAGUUUACAACAUUUUUUUUGAGCAUUAGUAUAGACACAAUCGCUCAUAUACACAUGCAUACACUCACCUCUAUGAACGUCUCCUUCUACUGAAAGCGUAUCGCCGGAAAUCUUAAAAUAAAUCCAGAAAUAAUGCGAGCAUCAGGAUUUGAACCCUAGUAAGAUGGGAAUACCACUGUCCACCUAACCAACUCAACCACAGGUUGAUUCGCGCAAGUUUACAACAUUGAUUCUAGCACUCCUAUCUAUUUACUACAACUUUUUGUCCAAGGAACGUACGACGACACAAAGCCUUGAGAAAGAAGUCGAUAAACAUCAGUUUUUCAUCGAAUGGAUUCUCUACGUUCCACCCUUAUAUCACCCGGGCCAAGGCACGCACGCACGCAAAUUCUAGAUCAGAUAGCACAUAAAUCGAUCGUUCGUCAACCCUCGAUCUCCCUUGGAUCAUGCCGACGUCGGAGGCCGAGCUGCUGUCCGCCCUCCGCGCCGCCGGCCGGGAGCACCUCUCGGCGUCCACCGUCGCCCGGAAGCAGGAGACCGGCUCCCACCUGUUCCGGAUCGCCAACUACACGGAGGUCAAGGCGACGGUGGCCAACCGCGAGCACGUGGAGUCGAGCACGUUCACCGUCGGCGGCCACGAGUGGCGCAUCGACUGCUACCCGAACAGCUGCGUGAAGCCGCACAACGGCUGCAUCUCCCUCUUCCUCCGGCGCACCAGCAGCGGCGCCGCCCACUUUCUCCGGCGUAGCGCCGGCAGCGGCGCAAAGGCCGACGUCGCCAUGGCGUACAUCAAGUUCAGCCUGCUGGACCGGGACGGGAGCCCGGCGCGCACCCAGAGCGCGCCGCAGCGCCAGUUCGCGAGCGGCGACGACUGGGGCUGGAAGGACUUCAUGAGGAGCGACGAGCUGGACAAGGAGAAGGAGAGGUACCUCAAGGACGACUGCCUGAUGGUCCUCUGCGACGUCACCGUCGACCUCGGGCUGCGCACCGACAGCUGCACCGAGGUCGCCGCCGCCGCCGCGCCGGAGCCGACGGGCGAGUGGCCGCCCCCGCCGUUCGAGCUGGACGGGGAGCUCACCACGGCCAUCUGGAAGAAGCAACGGGCGGACGUGAGGAUCGAGGUCGGCGGGGAGACGCUGGCGGCGCACCGGUGGAUGCUGGAGGCCCGGUCCCCGGUGUUCAAGGAGGACCUCUCGCUCGCCUUCACAGCCGGCAAGAAGACCGCCGAGCUGCGCAUCGACGACAUGGACGCCGAGGUGGCCAGGGCCCUGAUCCGGUUCAUCUACACGGACGCGCUGGCGGCGGACGUGAGGCAGCAGCUGGACGCGGCGGCGGCCAUGGCGGAGCGCCUGCUUGUGGCGGCGCACAGGUACAGGGUGGAGAAGCUGAAGCUGAUCUGCGAGGAGGCGCUGUGCCGGCACAUCGGGAUGAGCUCCGUGGCGGCCACCCUGGCGCUGGCGGAGCGGCACCGGUGCCCCACGCUGAAGAAGGCGUGCAUGCAGUUUAUUUCUUCUCCGGCUAACCUGGUGGCGGUCGUGGCGACCGAUGGUUUCGAGCAGCUGAAGAUCGGUUGCCCGCCUGAUCUGGUCGACCUCAUGGCCAAGCACUUGGCCAAGGUUGGCGCAGUGGAUCAGUCCACGUUCGGGCCAUUUACUACCUUCUAGACAUUUUAGUUUUCUUUUCUGAAAAUUUUCUAGCCAUUUAGUUAAUAUAGAUAUUUGUAGUCAACUAGCUAAAUACAUGUGCAUUGCAACGGGGACAACUUUGUUUUAGUGGUUCAGUGUAUAGUUUUUUUUGACUGGGUUGAGAUUGAGAUAUGUUGUCAAGAGGGAAAC